UCUGACCGGUUCUUCCAGCGUGCGACCGCAGUAGCUCGUGUGUCGGGGCGAUUAACGGAGCCGUGUGUCAGAACACAAACACCCGAACCGAGCCGAACGGACUCAUCUCAUCUAUUCUCUUCAGAGCUGAUAUGGCGGAUGAAUGCGUCGCUCAAAUGUCGAUCCGAGAACUGUACGUGUCUGAUAAACAGGGCAGUGAUGUGGAAGGAGACGGAUCAGAACAGAAGCCCUUUAAAACUCCACUGAAGGCACUGCUGUUUGCUGGAAAAGAACCUUUCCCGACUAUCUAUGUGGACUCGCAAAAGGAGGGAGAGCGCUGGGCCGUGAUCUCAAAGACUCAAAUGAAGAACACUAAGAAACUCUUUCAACGAGAGAAAAUGAAGUGUGACGCCAAAGAUAAGAAGGAGGCGGAAGACGCCGAGCGCAGAGAGAAGAAUCUGGAGGAAGCUAAAAAGAUUGUCAUCGAGAACAACCCGAGCCUUCCAGAACCCAAAACCGUGAAGAUAAAUCAACUGGAGCCGCUGAGAGAGCAGAGGGUGAAGGUGUUCGGCUGGGUUCAUCGGUUACGCAGACAAGGAAAGAAUCUCUUGUUUAUCGUGCUCCGAGAUGGAACCGGUUUCCUGCAGUGUGUUCUCACUGACAAUCUGUGUCAGUGUUAUAAUGGACUGGUGUUGUCUACUGAGAGUACAGUUGCUCUGUAUGGAACAGUCAAACCCGUUCCUGAGGGCAAACAGGCUCCCGGCGGCCAUGAGCUGCACUGUGAUUUCUGGGAGCUGGUCGGUCUCGCUCCAGCAGGUGGCGCUGAUAAUCUACUGAACGAGGAGUCCGACGUGGACGUGCAGCUGAACAACAGGCACAUGAUGAUCCGUGGCGAAAACGUCUCCAAGAUCCUGAAAGUCCGAUCCACCGUCACGCAGUGCUUUAGAGAACAUUUCUUCAGCAGGGGAUACUACGAGAUAACUCCGCCAACGCUGGUGCAGACACAGGUGGAGGGAGGCUCCACCCUCUUCAGUCUCAACUACUUUGGCGAGGACGCAUACCUGACGCAAUCCUCUCAGCUUUACCUGGAGACCUGCAUCCCUGCACUGGGUGACACCUUCUGCAUCGCCCAGUCGUACCGCGCCGAGCAGUCCCGCACCCGCAGACACCUGUCUGAGUACACCCACAUUGAGGCUGAGUGCCCCUUCAUGAGCUUUGAAGAUCUUCUGAAUCGGUUGGAGGAUCUGGUGUGUGAUGUGGUGGACAGAGUCCUGAAGUCUCCUGCCGCGCCUCUGCUCUACGACCUUAACCCUAACUUCAAACCUCCUAAAAGGCCGUUCAAGAGGAUGAACUACACCGAAGCCAUUGAUUGGCUGAAAGAACAUGACGUCAAGAAAGACGAUGGGACGUAUUACGAGUUUGGAGAGGAUAUCCCAGAAGCCCCUGAGAGACUGAUGACGGACAGCAUAAAUGAGACCAUCCUGUUGUGUCGUUUCCCCGCUGAGAUCAAAUCCUUCUACAUGCAACGCUGCGCUGACGACCGCCGGCUAACUGAGUCGGUGGACGUGCUAAUGCCCAACGUGGGUGAGAUAGUGGGCGGCUCCAUGCGUAUCUGGGAUUCUGAGGAGCUUUUGGAAGGUUACAAGAGAGAGGGAAUCGACCCCACACCCUACUACUGGUACACUGACCAGAGAAAGUUCGGCACGUGUCCUCAUGGUGGAUAUGGUCUGGGUCUCGAGCGGUUCCUCACCUGGCUGCUGAACCGACACCACAUCCGGGACGUCUGUCUGUACCCUCGCUUCAUUCAACGCUGCCGGCCGUGACCGCUCACACACACACACACACACACACACACACACAAACACCUGUCCAGCUCCCAUUCACUCCCUUCAAGAGACCAAUAAGCCAAAUGGAAAAUCACUCGCUCAUGUAUUGCUGGAGACCAGACUUGUACGUCAUGCUUAAAGAUCUAAUCAGAAAAUGUUGCGUAAUAUCACUGUAAUAUUCAUCUGUGGCAUAAUAAAUAAUGAAGAAAGUGAUGCACGUGUAUU